AUGUCAUUCAUCGGCGACCGCGGUCCCGGGCGACAUGGGUCGAAAAAGCCGCCACCGCCCCCGCCUCCGAUGCCUCCUCCGCCGAAUCCGAGAUCCACGUCGACGUUUAGGCCGCCCCCAGACGAUGUGUCCGGAUUCCAAGAACAAACUGAGUCGUCCAUCCAACAUCAGGAUGUCCCAACCAGCAGCGAGGAGAUGCAGUUUCAGCAGCCGCCAGCGUCAUUUAUGCCGCCGACUGACGACGCGGCAAUUGAUUCCUGGGGUGUCAACGCGGGCGAUUGGAGACACAGUGCUGAGCAUUCUUCGCACGCCGCAAUCGCUGACAAGCAGGAUGAACUUUUGCGAGCCAAAAGCAUGCAUCGUCGCCAAACUGUGAAGCAUGGACUCGACGGUGGGUUUUCUUACAUCAAUACUGUCAAGAAAGCGAAAACGCUCUCGCAUGAGGAGGAACAGCUUCUGAAUAAUGAAGGAAGUCGUACCCCGUUCGGUUACAGCCGCAAGCACAGGCAUUCGAACCGGCUUAUGAGCAGCAUGAAAGCACCAAAAUCUGUUUCACCGCUAGUCGAAGAACAAGAAAAUUUGAAUAUGAGAGAAAGGGCGAUUGAGCCACCGAGAAAUUCGCGGCGAAAAUCGAGCCGGCUGUGUUGGGUGAUAGCAGUGACUAUCCUUGCUGCGCUUUUGGGGGCCGCAGUCGUUUUCAUAGCCGUAUUGCUCGUUCGCGAUCGUACACCGGAUCCCCCUCAUGUCAUUAUUACGAAUACAUUUGAUCACUCUUCGACGGAGAAACAUCCCGGUGAGGCAUUUUUCGAAUCCGAUAAUGAGCUACCUGCACUGCUUUCCCGAGAAAAACUUCCUGAAGCGAAAACGGAACAUUUGUUUCUCUCACGAAUCAAGUUGGAUACUUUGAAUGUUUCUAAAGAAUGGAAUGGCAUGAAAUCACCGGCGAGUAAAAUAUUUGCCAAACACGUGGAAGAGUUCUUAUCUGUGGGCUUGAAAGAUGGCGUCAUGACUGCUGGGGACGUCAAAUCAGUCAAAGUCGAUAACUUCGAUCCCGUGACCAGGGAGAUAUUCUUGUCGCUAAAAUUGAACCGACCGCAUUUUGCGGACCACGUCAACUACGAUAUCGCCAAAGCAAUCCAAUUGCAUAAUGGCUUCAUGUUAGCUCAUCGAGUCAAUUACGGGGAUGUGAAAACCUCAGAUGUAUUCAGGCUCCAGGGCAUGUUGGAUGUUAUUCAUAAGGACACAUCAGAAGACAUUGAUCAUAGCCGGAUGGGCCUCGAGCUGUCACAUCUGAUACGUUCCACAGCAAAACUGAAUCAGAAAUUUGUCUCCAUGAAGCUGGUGGAUUUUAGUCAAGGUCAAGACCACGUCGUGCAUCUUACAUACAACGUGGUAUUCAAUCAAAUUGUUUCUGUCACGAUGCUUGAAAGUGAAGUUCUGAAAACUUUGGAAGUCAUGGGAGGGAAGCUGGGGCCCUAUCCAGUAAAAUCUGACUCCGUGCGUUUCAGAGACAUUAGUAAUUGGUCGAAUGAAGAGACAAAGGUAUCCUUUACAACAUCUUCACCGAAACCCGAAUCUGUGACUCCCUUGAUGACGGAGACCACCACAAAUGAUUCUGCGCCUUCGAGUGAGAUCCUAAUGGCAGCAGGACGAAUGCCGACCCUGACAGCGGAGCUGUCGGGCUCCCUGGACUUCCUGCCAUACAACAAGGUGGCCCGUCUGAACCCGAACAUGAGCAGCUUGCGGGCGAUCGAACAAGCCUUCAACAAACUAGUAGCUUUGGAGGAAUGGCACCGGAACAAGUCGAAAAUUCAACAUCAGUUGUUGCCAUACAUGAAGGGACCAGUGGAGUCGAUAGAUCUUGGUCGGACCUUGGAAGAAGUAACGCCUCAGCCACAGACAACUCUUCGGAAUUUCAUUCCGGAAGAACUUAUGCUGAUCCCAUACUCGAAAUUCAAGCAACCUCCGAAGCUUCUUCAAAGCAAUCCUCAGUCUCUGGAGUCCCAGGAAACGUCCAAGAGGCCGACAAAAGAGAAUCAUUCGAAACACAAGCACAAAUUGCCGAAAACCACUUCAAUCGACAAGCUUUUCGCCGCAGAAUUCGAUCCAGUUUUGGAGCUGUCUUUUUCUCCUUCUGAAAUCAACAAAGGAGCUGCAGAUUUUCUAAAUGCAACCACGGAAAUUCAAAGAGAAAACAGUCAAUCUGACGAAACCUCAGCCCUCUUCAAGGCGACAGAUCCUUCCCCUACAUGGAAUGCAACCAUAAACAACGAAGGACUGAAUCGUUCAAAUGAGGAUUCCCAACCUCCAGGAGUUCAGUUGGAGCCUGUGCCUGUAGUACAGCUUGAGGAAACCACUUCUGAAGCUACUCAGUCAAGCAUUCCUGUGGAUAUUCGAAAGAUGUCGCCAGAAGAAAUGGAAUCAAAUUCAACACCAGAAUUUGAUCGUGGAAUAACUCCUGCACUGGAUGAAUUCGGUCUAGAUUGUGUCGAAGACGCAACUGUUGCAACACUAACAGGUGGAGAAACUAUUCUUUUUGGAGCAGAAUUUGAACCAAUAAAAGAGAAUAAUGGGUCCAUUUCGGUUCCAGAGGAUGUUUCAAGUGGCUUGAAUCGGAAGAGCGAAGGAUUAAAUUCAACUGGAGGAUUUAUGAAUGAAACUGACUCAUUCGACGCAAGUCUGAUUCCUGUCCUGAAGUCUGGUGACGAAAAAGAUGCCUCAACUUUGUCAGCUCUUGGAACUGAUGCGAACCCAUUCCUGGCACGUGCCUCAAAUGCGAACAGCAGCCGAGAAGGAAACACUCAAUUGGACCAGGAACAUAUUGAUCAAGAAAAGCAAAAGAAAUUGUCACCCCUGGAAGAAAUAAUUCCCAAGGAUUUCGAGAGUAGUGCUUCACCUGCUACAGAAAUAAUUGCUGGAGAGAAAAAUGGAUCCAAAACGGAACCAGACUUGGAUUCUGGAGUGAAACCAACUGACAACAGGCAGGAAUCGUCUAAAAAUGUUUCCAGCACUUCAAUCGACAAGCUUUUCGCCGCAGAAUUCGAUCCAGUUUUGGAGCUGUCUUUUACUCCUUCUGAAAUCAACAAAGGAGCCGCAGAAUUUCUAAAUGCAACCACGGAAAUUCAAAGAGAAAACAGUCAAUCUGACGAAACCUCAGCCCUCUUCAAGGCGACAGAUCCUUCCCCUACAUGGAAUGCAACCAUAAACAACGAAGGACUGAAUCGCUCAAAUGAGGAUUCCCAACCUCCAGGAGUUCAGUUGGAGCCUGUGCCUGUAGUACAGCUUGAGGAAACCACUUCUGAAGCAACUCAGUCAAGCAUUCCUGUGGAUAUUCGAAAGAUGUCUCCAGAAGAAAUGGAAUCAAAUUCAACACUAGAAUUUGAUCGUGGAAUAACUCCUGCACUGGAUGAAUUCGGUCUAGAUUGUGUCGAAGACGCAGCAACUGUUGCAACACUAACAGGUGGAGAAACUAUUCUUUUUGGAGCAGAAUUUGAACCAAUACAAGAGAAUAAUGGGUCCAUUUCGGUUCCAGAGGAUGUUUCGAGUGGCUUGAAUCGGAAGAGCGAAGGAUUAAAUUCAACUGGAGGAUUUAUGAAUGAAACUGACUCAUUCGACGCAAGUCUAAUUCCUGUCCUGAAGUCUGGUGACGAAAAAGAUGCCUCAACUUUGUCAGCUCUUGGAACUGAUGCGAACCCAUUCCUGGCACGUGCCUCAAAUGCGAACAGCAGCCAAGAAGGAAACACUCAAUUGGACCAGGAACAUAUUGAUCAAGAAAAGCAAAAGAAAUUGUCACCCCUGGAAGAAAUAAUUCCCAAGGAUUUCGGGAGUAGUGCUUCACCUGCUACAGAAAUAAUUGCUGGAGAGAACAAUGGAUCCAAAACGGAACCAGACUUGGAUUCUGGAGUGAAACCAACUGACAACAGGCAGGAAUCGUCUAAAAAUGUGCGGAUAAACAAUACGGACUUCAACACCUCCAACUUGGAUACCGGGGCUGCAAUCGAAUUAAAAUCAGAUGCUGUGUCAACAAUGCCCCCUCAGAGGUCCGAGAACACUGGGAUCCCUAGUGCAGCUUUGGAAUCACCCGGGAAAGAUGCCACCCAGGAAAAUAAUAAUUCAAAUGACCCUCUGUCAUUGCAUAUGAAGGAUUUGAAUUUAAGGCGCAAUGAAGCAGCGAAUAUUCAGCACCUGGGCACGAAUUCGAGUGAAGUGGGCAACGAUCCUAUUCCAGAAGUUAAAAGUGCUCACAUUGAAAGAACCUCUGUCGGUUCAAUGGUACUUUCCAACCUGGAAGAUGGUCCGGAUUUACCGGAUCCUCAGAACAGUUUCGAUUCUCCGCUUGCACAUUUGGGCGAUGCAAUCGGUGAGACAAAGAGCGCGGUGCAGCAAGCAGUAACGCCAUCUACAUUGCCGCAGCAGAGAGAGAAAUCUGAAGAUAAUUCGAAUCCAGGUCUUGAUGCAAUUAUUAGAAUUGCUGGAGUUGCCGACCGACCAGUGGAUCCUCUGACUGGAAUGCAACCUGGCGAUGAGAAUGCUUCCUCAGUUCUGCAAGAAUUAUUGGAACCACCUCAGAAAAUCCCGGAAAGUCCCGACAGAAUAGGUACUGCUGGUAGUUCUAUACUGGAGCUACAUGUUCCUUCGCAAACCAGAAACCUGACAGAACUGCUGUUGCCGCCACCCCCUGCCAGUGAGAGACCAGCGACAUCUAGAGAUGAAAUCAUCAACAGUGCUCACGAUUUUGAUUCAGCUGUUGGAUUUCGGAGCCUGUUCGAUGACGUUUCAUCGCAAUUCAGUCCGCCUGAUGAGGAAGUCAAACAAGCGCGAGACAGAAAUUCGUCGAAAAAGAGUUUAGAUGACCCACCAAGUAUUUCUGAACCGAACUUGUCGACAUCAAAUGGAGCAUCUACUUCACAAUUUCCACCGAAAGUAGAAGUCGCUGAUGCGUCACCGAAUUUGUCAUCAGUGGGCGUAUCCGAGCAAACUCUUCAGAAGUCCGAAGACGCAUUGACUACAACUCCUCCAUUAGAUCAAAGCAUUUUGCAAAAGUUCGUUUCGAUUCCAUCUGCAUCCCUUCAGUUUCCGAGUCCACCGAAAGAAGGGACCAUUAUAGACAGCUUCACAUUUGAAGCAACUGUCGGUGGAGAUACUAAAAUUUUCCGCGACGAAACUGCCAAGAAAAAAGAAGAAUCUCUUCCUGGACCACUUCCAUCGAAUGAAAAAGCAGCGAUAGACCAGGCAUUGGAUAGUCCUCAGAAUGCGCCGAAGGUGUUCAGACCAAAACUGUUCCGAACAUUGUCUGGACAGCCUGAAACUGUUGCAACUGGAAGACCAUCGCCUUCUCCUGUUAUGCCUCCAGGAAUCCUCGCUAAUUUACCACCCCAGAGACCACCAUUACCUCCUAGUGUCCCUUUGAGACCUGUUGGUGCUCCGAUUCCUCAAAGGUUCCAACCUCCUGGUGGUCCUACUUUCGUAAAUCAGCAGUUUGUCAAUCGGGCGCCUCCUGCGUUUUUCCCGCCAUUCCCUUUCGGCGGAUUCAAUACUGCUGUUAGGCGACCCACUCGGGAAUCAAUUACAAGGAAUCCUCGGCAAUAUUCAAGGCCUUCUGAAAGUCAACUCGGCAGCCAGAACCCCAUUUUAAAAGCUCUGAAUGAACCCAGAAGAAAUUCGGUGAAUGAGCUGCUGGAAAGAGCAAAAUCACUCGAUUAUGUUCUGAGGCUGAUGACUGAACAGAAAAGCAAACAAUCAAAAAAAGCUACUGCUGUGCAGCAGGUUCGGCAACCCGCACCCACGUGGCCAUUUCACGCCGAACAAAACGUAGCAGCAGCCCGAAGCAAAAGAUCACACCCGAUAUUUUGUCCCGCUGAUUUUGAGAUGCGCCGAUUGGUUUACGAUCCGAAGAUAUGGAAAUUCUGCACAGAUUUGAGAGCUGCUCAUCGAAGGUUCUUCUGGUGGAAUCCUGGUUACAAUAGAGCACCUUACGUCGUACAUCGGCCCACGCCAAUUAUGUAUAAGCCGAGUUACAUGAACGAAGUCAUGAGAUACAAUCAACUGCAUCAUCCGGGCGGAGUACCGACAGAAGUACCAGCAGACUUGGAGCCGAUAUAUGAAGAACCGCAAGAAACAUACGAACCAAGCUAUUCUCCGCAUCCGAAGCGCGGGGAUGUGGUCGACACACACGGGUUUGCUCUGAAAAUAAAUUUCCCGUCACCUUCGCACGACUUGCAUAAUCUUCAUGCGAGAUGGAAACGAGACUUGGAAGGGAGCACGAAUCCAGGAAGAACCGAUGAUAGCUUCUCAGAUGUGGGAGAAUGGUCAACGAGCAUUACGAAACGACGCCUUUUAGCAAUUCCUCCUGCAUUCAGAGGGGAUGACAUUUUUGAUAAGCAGCAGUUGACAAAAAGAUACAAUCAGAUUUGGCGAGCAGCUCGGCAAAAGUUCGCGAAUGCCUGUCCUCCCGAUUUUAUAUUUCGAAGCCAUCAGUACGACUGGAAAGUAUGGGCUGAUUGUGCUGAAGCUGGGAUAAAAAUACGUCCCCCAGGAAACAUGCAUGUACAAAAAUUUCACCCAAGAAACCAGCAGUUCUUGCCACCGAAUCCGUUUGCUCAGCCAGUUCCGGAUACAUUUCAUCCACUUUCCAAGCAAAGGUUCCAGAAACACACUGCGCCUCCUCCAGAUUUCCCACCUCAUUCUGGAUUGCCCUUUUUAUCUGAUGAAAAGUUUAAACUUUCUCCGAGCACUGUUCCGGGAACAUCCGACUACCUGAGACCCGUCGAAAACAGGGUUCUUUCGUGCCCUAAAGACUUGGCGACCAGCAAAUUCUACGGACCAUUGCUCGCAUCGUACUGCACACCAGACCAGGAGGAGAGAAAGAUCGAACCAACACGCAUGUACUGUGAAAAUGAAGUGCUUUUACAAGAGCACUUGUUUGAUAGUCAAGCUGUACAUUAUUGCAGAGUCAAAUAUGGGACAAGGAAGGCAGUCGAACCUUCAGAAGAGAGCUAUCACAGAUCUGGAGACGUGGUGGACGCAGAUGGAGUUUGUUCCAUGGCCGUCGAAGUCAUUUCUAAAAUUGAGGAGGCUUUGAAUGGAGAUGAAUUGACAGAAUGCGUCAAAAAACUGCUGUCGGCGUUGGCCGACAUUCUUCAGAAGGAGGCGCGAAAUAUGCCGUCGAGUUCUGGCUUAGUUCCGGAGAUGCUUUCGUUGCAAUCUAAUCUCGCGCCAAAUUCAGUCGAGAAACCAGCUGAAAUGUCUUCUGGAAGAACUGGGAUUCAUCAACACUUCGAGGCACCCAGGAAACCCGCACAAAAUAUCAUUCAAACACAUCGAAAGGAAAACUCAGAACAGCAAAUCCCUCCUUCGAAUUUUAGGGACCAAGGACGAACGCAAAUUUCAAUGCCACCACCACCGAGUCAGUCAUCGAUGACCCAGUCCCAAAACUUAGCCAAACCUGCGCCAGCUUUGCCGCAUCUCAUGGGAGCUCAGAGACAAAAGGUUAUCCAGGCUCAAGGUACUCUUAGUACCGCGACCUCACCGCGACAGAAUUUCAUCCAAAUUUUGAAACCUCGACCCAACCAAAAUCACAUUACUCCAGUCCAGGGGCAAAGUCGGAAUAAUCCAACGAUUAUGAGUCAGCAUCGACCUCCGGUGAUUGUAGGGCUCAGCUUUCCAAGUCAGAAAGCCGCAUUUCCUCCUACAAACCCAGAUCUUCUCGACUCCGCAAUGAUGGGGAAGAAGAACGAAUUCGACCCACUACUCAACCAAACGACAUGGUCACGCACUGCAAUCGAUGGGAAAUACGUAGAUCUCCUGGAUGCUGCAUCCCCUCGGGUUAAUGUUAUGGAAAUGGACUCUGGGGCAUUGGCUGAACAAGUUGGUCCUACCAGAACCACUGGAACUGGUGUUGAGACGAGACCACCUCCUGCUGUCCAGAAGGAACCCUUGACCCCGGGACCAACUUUUAACCCGGUUCAGCAUUUCCGCAGUGAAGAGGACGGAGGGAUAAAGCUGAAUGUCGAUAGCAUGCGAACAGCACGUACGAUGAUGCGAAAUCCUGACGAGGAUUACUCUGGUUUUAUCGAUGGAAGAGGGCAGCUGGAGUGCAUUUUCAAUGAACUGGAUUGUGAUCACAGUCAAACCUAUCAUUCGUCUCUCGAUGGCAUUUUUUCUCGUAAUCUGAAAGCGGAGAAAAGUGUGAGCGCAGCAGACAAGCAUAUCGCCGAUGAAAUUUUGUCAAAACUUAAAUCAACGCUGAAUGUUGAAUUGAUAAUCGAAAAUUCCAAGUUGGAAGAUGCAGAAGCUGCGAAGGAGACUGCGGCCAGAAGCUCGGAUGGCUUUCUCACUUCAUAUGCACAUCAUGCCGAAUAUCACCAAAUUAAACGGUGUAAUGGUAUUGUGGAGCAUCCUUCAGGAGCUGACGAAUACAAUUGCACUUGCGUCGAGCGAGUCGAUUGGAUCAACUCUGCAUCCAUGCCCAGAAAUGUCAGUAGAUUGUGUGACGGUACUGACGACUGUCCAGAUGGCAGUGACGAAACGGGUUGUGCCUACACUCAUGGACUAAAAGUACUUCGGGACUGUCCUCCACAUUCCGAGAAGCAUUGCGUGAAAUGUCCUCCGAAGCACCGCCUUUGCAUCGACAGCGACGACCGUACCUUUGAUGCAGAAAGGCAUUGCUAUUCGAAGGAAGAAACCUGUGACGGAGCACAUAAAUGCAAAAAUGGCGAGGAUGAGCGCGUUUGCUUUGCAGCUCACCACGUACGAGAUGCCACUCAUCUCCUGUAUGGCCUUCGUGGACGUGGUUACAUGUACCGCAGAGUAUCUGGACUCUGGCACAUGAUUUGCGUAACAGAUGGUAAAUCGUUCGACGCAGCAGCAGCUGCUGCUGAGCUGUGCAGACAAACCAUGGGGGUUCCUAGCGAGAAAGUGACGCCUAGAAUAAUCCCACUGCCGAAAAACUACACGGGGCAGUUUGUCGGCUACAUCAAUCGAAGCUGGGCCCCCACGACGUGUCCAUCAAAAUUGGUUUAUCAAAUCCAGUGCGAUCCCCCUAAAUGCGGAUACUCCGGUGAAGUUCGUCACAGACGAACAGUAUCUAGCAUCAUAACUGACGAUGAUCCAAUGAUUGAGAAAUACAGGGAAAAGGGGUCUCCAAUACGAAAUCAAGACCGGAUAGUCGGAGGCGUUGCUAGCAAGGCCGGUAGGAAUCCGCACAUGUGCGCUAUUUGGCACGGACCAUAUUUUUCGUGCGGCGGGACAAUUCUUUCAGAGAAAUUUAUUCUCACCGCUGCCCAUUGUUUCUUCAUAUGGAUAUCACCCACCAAGCUGCUUCCUUACCAAACUGUUCACUAUCGAGUUAUGGCAGGCAACUUGCGGAGGUUUUCCAACUCUCCGUCGACUCAAUAUUCUUCACUUGAGUACGUCAUUCCAUCGGAAGAAUAUUCUGGGGCUGCUUCGUCUACCCAUUAUUAUUCUGGUGAUAUUGCGAUUGGCGUCCUGAAAAAUCCGCUGUAUUUUAAUCGAUGGGUCCAUCCGAUUUGCCUUCCACCGCCUAACUUGCCGAAACCAGAUGGGGUCGAAUGUCGUGUCAUGGGUUGGGGGCAUACUCAAUACAACGGAGUGAGCCCCGAUACACUCCAUGAGGUCUACGUCAAGUGCAUGGGAAGCUGCAAAUAUUUAGCAGAAAUGAACUACGUGGACGAUGCCACUAUGUUAUGCGCUGGUUGGCUGGGAGAAGGUGGUAAAGAUGCCUGUGCUGGGGAUUCCGGUGGAGCCUUAAUUUGCCCACUGGAUGAAGAUGAAGAACAGUGGUACAUAGUCGGGGUUGUGAGUCACGGAAAACUUUGCGCCAUGAAAAAUUUCCCCGGAGUCUACACACUGGUUUCUGCAUAUCUACCCUGGAUUCGAAAAGUUCUUACUGGCGCGAUAAAUUACAAGGAGGGGAAGUACGCCACGAAAUCGGAGUGCUCUGGGGUACUAUGUCAAAGAACUGGCAUUUGUAUACACCCUGGAGAAGUGUGUGACAAAAAGAUCGACUGCCUCUUGGACGUUGCGUCGAAAGACGAGUUUGAAGCUUGCAAUCUCGGAAGCAUCAAGCAUGGCUCGAAGCCCGCCAAAAUUGGGAAUACCUGUGGUCCUGGAAAAUCUAAAUGCAAAUCAGGUUCACAUUGCUACACGAAGAGACAAUUGUGCAACGCUGUCCCAGAUUGCCCCGACAAGACAGACGAGAUUGGUUGCACCUGCGGAGACUAUCUGCAGGCGUUUCCGGAAUUCCAGUCCUUGGUAUGCGACGGAAUAACUCAUUGCUUCGACGGCUCCGAUGAGUCACGUUGCAAAGUUGAAAAUGACACAAUUGCUUGUGAGCGAUCCCCCGACAACAAAAGAAUCGGCAAGAAACUCAUCUGCAACGGCGCACCUGACUGUCCCAACGGAGAAGAUGAAGUCGGCUGCUAUUCCAUAACUGCGGAUCCCAAUGAAAUAAUUUUUGAUUCGAGGAACAAAGCCAUUCCGAUGCAGAGUGGGAUUGUUCUGUCAUGGAAAUCUCCAUUCACGAUUGCUUCAUACAUCACUCCCUGUUUCAAGAAGUUUGCCCCUCCAUUGACAGUGAAGAUCUGUGAAUACCUUGGAUUUGACAUGAAGGGCAACUUGCGGGUUCGGCUCGGGCACUGGAAACCAUCCAUGCCCGUGAAAACUUCAUUUGAGCAAGUCAUUCCCAUCAAUGGCCUGAAGAUUUUACAGGAUGAGAAAAUUGCGUUACUGCAUAUGGAAUCAGUCCCUCACCAAAGUGACGCUGUUAUUCCCAUUUGUUUGCCUGAUGCUUUGCCUCAAAAGAAAACCAUGCAAUGUUACAUCGGUGGAAUUGCUAAAGGGAAAAUCGAGUUUGUCAACAUCACCGCCACGCCUUGCGAACACGAUAUGCUCUGCCUAAGUUACGCCUCGGGAACUCUUCCUUGCAUGGCCAAAUGGGGAAGUGCUUUGAGCUGUGCCACGGAUGCCGAAAACCCCACCCGGUGGGAAGCAAUUGCAGUUUUUGAAGCAAAAGGAACUUGUGCAACGCAGGAAUUGCCCUCUAAGCUUCCGGCUUUGGCUACAGCCACCAAAAGAAUUUUGGAAACUAUGCUACUGGGGCCGGCUCCAAGGAUAGAAGCAAAACCGUGUGAAUCAGGGGACCUCAUGAGCUACGGCAUUUGCGUGCCGAAAACGAACCAAAAAGAUGGUAUUCCCCACUCGCAUGAUUUGAUGGACGAAGUAACCACCACGGACGUAAAAACGGAGCGUUUCUGCGACGUGGCCGAAGGCUUUGAUACAGACUAUUACGGUUGCGGCAAGUCGUAUUUUGGCGCUAAGGCCGCAUUAACUCGAGUACCACGCGUCCUCGAGAAAGACGCGCACCAGGAAUGUGAAUCCGGAUACUUCACGUGUGCCUCUGGAAAAUGCAUCCCGCAAGAAAAAGUGUGCGACCAGAUGACGUCAUUUUGCGACGAUGGGUCUGAUCAAGUGAACUGCGACUGCGUCGGGAAAAUUCAAAAUAGAACCUGGAGCGGGUCGGUGUGCGACGGAAUACAAGACUGCUACGGGUAUGAGGAUGAAAAGAAUUCUCAGUGCGGUGUUCCUGAAAAUCAUCAAAGAUGUAUUAGUAACCCCAAAAAUACAGCAGGAAGUUCAGAAUCUGUUCACUACACGAAGCUUUGCGAUGGAGUUCAAGAUUGUCAAUCUGGAGAAGACGAGCAGAAUCGCAUGUGUUUCGCAAUGACACCAGAAAGUCAUGUCCCAUUAGAUCCCAUAGGGUACCCUGUGUCACAAAACCCGGGAAUAGCGUUUGCAAGACAGCAUGGUAUUUGGGCCCCGUUACCCGCGGCUAAUUUCACUAUGGCUUUCGGUCACGUCAUUUGUUCUCUGUUUAAAAAGCAGGCGUGUGAAUUUAAGGUGAUUCCUUAUCCUGCCGUCGAUUCCAAAUUCACACAGGAAUAUCUACGAAGUAUUCAGGUUCAGACUGCACCAUUUUACGAUUCUGUUUAUCUCACAUGUUGUGAUUAGAAGUGUCGCUCACAAUCGGGAAGCGUUGUUUUAAUCGGGAAAUAAUUUAUUACCCAUUUGGGUUGCUUUUUAGCGAGAAGAAUGAAGGGAAUUAUCGUGAGGUGUACGAGAGCUUCUUGCGCCCUUUGAAUCUGUUUUACACUGGAAAAUACAUGUUUGUUUUCCUACUUUA